AACACCGCCUCCUUUCAUUCUUUGAGGAAGGGGGUUAAAGCGCAUCGAGCUGCUGGACACACCACUGCUACACACGGUUUUUUGCACUUUAAAGCGUUUUUAUCGAACUUGUAAUCAUCAAAACAGCAACAGACAGCGAAACCGAGUGAGUAGCUACCAUUAUCGUUUCCCGGGACGACUGCUGAGUUUGCUUCUUUGUUGGUUGCUGAGUUGAGAACGACAACAAGGGGCAACAUGUCGGUGGAGCCAAUUGUUAUCACUCUGGAAACAGACACCGGGUCCCCGAGUUCACUGCCGGAUGCUGUGAAGAAAAUAAUGGAGAUGCCUCCGCCGAAUAUACUCGACGGGGACGACGAUGGUGACAAAGAGAAGCUGUGUCUGGGAGAUACUGUCGACCUUGGAGGAGGAGGGAGUGAUAUGGGUCCUUCAGCCGCCCUGACCCCUGCUAUCUGGGAAAAAACCAUUCCCUAUGAUGGGGAAAACUUCCACCUGGAGUACAUGGACCUUGAGGAGUUUCUCAUGGAGAAUGGCAUUCCCACCUUGCCCGACAUAGAGCCCCCAAAUGGCAGCCAGGAAUCCGCCGUCAAGACAGUGAAAGUAAAAGCCUCUCCCUCUACACAGCUGAAGGUUACCAAGCUGUCAAACAUUUCCUCAGUGGCCUUGCUGCCCAUUCAGGAACUGGACAAGUGCAGCGAGGAAGUGCUGAUCAUCAAGGGGGACUCUGACAUCAUCUGUGAUGUGACUGCAGAGGUGACCACUGAAAGCGAUAGGGAGACACCUGAGCCCACCGACCCAGAAGAGCUGGAGAUCGAUGUCAACUAUGAUCCAGAUCCCACAGACCUGGUCCUGUCCAGUGUGCCUGGAGGCGAGCUCUUUGAUCCCCGCAAACACAAGUUCACAGACGACGAACUCAAGCCUCAGCCUAUGAUCAAGAAGGCCAAGAAGGUGUUUGUGCCCGAUGAGCAGAAGGACGACAAGUACUGGCAGAGGAGGAAGAAGAACAAUGUGGCAGCCAAACGCUCGCGCGACGCCCGCAGGUUAAAGGAGAACCAGAUCACGGUGCGAGCGGCUUUCCUCGAGCGUGAAAAUGCAGCGCUGCGGUCGGAGGUGUCAGAUCUUCGGAAGGAGUGCGGCCGUUUCAAGAACAUGGCCGGGCGCUACGAAGCCAAAUUUGGACCACUAGCCGUGCCGGAAGACCAAUAGACGGCCGUUGGUUUAUUCAUUUAUUUUUCCAUGAAUCAAUAAAUCAAACUGAGAACGGUAGAAUGGAGCAGAUGAAGAAGAACAUGAAGAGGAGGAGAGCAUGUGUGAGAGUGUGACUGAUGAUGCCAUUGCAAUAGCACGUAAAGACAAGACAUUUUUUAUUUCUCUCCUUUUUUUUAUGAGUUCUUUUUAUCAUCCAUGCAGUUCUUUGACUGCUUCUUCAGUACACCUGCUUUAUGACGUGUACUCUUCAUCAUGUUGGUAUGCCUUCAGCCGUAAGAGAUCAUUUAUCAUUUGAGAACUCUGGGUUUGAUUUUCAUUAUGUUGAAGAUGAGUUGUAUUAGAGUAGAUGUUGCAAUAGUUCAGACUAGAUUGUUAGUCAUUAUUUUGGUAUUGUAGAAAUAAGAUUGCUUCCAUGUAUUUCCACAUUUGAAUGAACACCCACUGGUCUGUUUUUAUUUUCAAAUUUGUAACAUGUGAAGAGACGGGCUUUAAUUGCCUACAAACUUCUGACUGUGACGUUUCCAAUAAACUAAGCUUCAGGGGAUAACCAUGCCAUGGCAUGAAAAGUAGCGCCAUGUUCACUUCACUUCAUGUUCUCACCUUAUCAGCCGCACAGAUUUGCUCUGUGUGUUAAUGUGUCUCACUGUCGCUCUUGUGCAGAUUCUGGCACCGGCCUCGCUCUCUGCAGGCGGUCAGCUCUGGCUUGUUCUUUUACGUCAGUAAUGCUUUUGGAAACAUGUGUCCUCUCAUGCAUGUACUGUAAAUAGUUGUAGCCUGAUAUUGUUCUUUUUAGACUUUAUUCAAAAUGUAUUCAUUUUCACACAACAUUAAAACAGACUCCAGGUUAGUCAAGUUUUUGGACAACUGUUCAGUUUUGGGAAAAUAACAAGCAAUGUACUGUCUCCAUAAUGACAGAAUGUUCUAUGUUUAGAUGUCUGUUUCAGCAGGUUGUUGAAUGGUAGCAAGACUUGGAAUUGUGCCUUAUUAAAGGCAGGUGGAAGGGAAAUGUUCGACUGUACGCCUGAAGAGAUUUGAGACGGAUAUGAAUUGUGUUUAUCAAACUCAUACCUCCAUACUUUAAUAUUAAACUGCUUGAAAUUAGAUUUCCAAGGACAAGAGAUGUAUAUACACAGAUAUCAUUAGAUUGUAUACAGUGUUAUGAGGAUUUUACAGUGGACAUAUUUAUCACUUCAUUUCUCAUAAUUUCUUUCACAUUUGUGUCUGAUGCCAUUUUUUUUUAUCUCAAGUGCAUAAGUAGAUGUUAUCUGCUGACAUCUGUUUGUUUUAUUCAAUCAGUUUUUCACAAGCCUGUAUCGGGCAUCUCUUUUCUACAAGAACCCCUUAAACUCUUAAAGCCAUUUCAAUGCAGCACACAGUCUGCCAGUUUACAAGCAUUUGUGUAACAUAACAUCCAAACUCAUGUUAUUGAAACCAGGAUCAGUUUUCUGUCCAGCUCCAACAAAAAGGGAAAGAUUUGGUAUUUUCUGCUGUGCUUCCAUCCAUAGAUGUAGUGACUUUUAACCAUUCAAAAUUAUUUAAAGGGGCAGGGUUUAUAAGUAAGAGGAGUGUUAUUCAAAUGGAAAAAGCUUCUUUAUUUUUUUCAUAUUUGUUGAGGUUAAUUAAGUUCACGUGCAAUCUUAAAAAGUCAGGAAUGACAGAUUUUGUCUUGAGUCACAUUCUCUCUAUGACAGAUUCAAUUCUAAUAAACCAAUAUUUACAAUAGUUCCGACAUAAACAACAAUGAGCUUCCGUACUGCUGUUAAUAAUGUGUUAAAUAUUUUCCUCUGUAACAAAGUUUGCAUCUGCCUUUUCUCCACGACAGGUCAAUUUGUUACCGUUGAGGGAUUGUUUCUACCCUUCAUUAUUCUGUCUUUAUAUUUCUUUGUAUAAAAAUGUGUUGGCAUUUAGAGUGUCGCUACUUUUUGUGUCUUCUAUGUACAGUAUGUAUAAAUAAAGCCUUGUGCAGAGAGUAUCACA